AUGCUCCUGCUCCUGCUCCUGGCAGCCCUUCUUCUGUCCCCCACCGGGGAGGCAGGGAAAAUCAUCGGGGGCCAUGAGGCCAAGCCUCAUUCUCGUCCCUACAUGGCAUUUCUUUGGAUCAAGACUUCAGGGAAAAUUACGGCCUGUGGCGGUUUUCUGGUGCGUGAGGACUUCGUGCUGACAGCAGCUCACUGCUGGGGCAGCUCAAUCAGCGUCACCUUGGGGGCCCACAACAUCGAUAAGCAGGAGGGGACCCAGCAGGUCAUUCAGGUGAGAAGAGCCAUCCCCCACCCAGAUUAUGAUGAUGAAAACGUGGCCAACGACAUCAUGUUACUGCAGCUGACGAGGAAGGCCAACCUGACCACCGCUGUGAGCCCCAUCCGGCUGCCCCAGGGGAAGGAGCUGGUGAAGCCAGGGAUGGUGUGCAGUGUGGCCGGAUGGGGGCUUCUUGGCGAGAACAAACCUGCAGCAGCAAAACUGCAGGAGGUAGACCUUGAAGUCCAAACAGACCAGCAAUGCAUCCAUCACUACAAACAUUACGAUGCCACCACCCAGAUAUGUGCAGGGAACCCGAGAAAGAAGAAGAAUUGUUUUGAGGGAGACUCUGGAGGCCCCUUGCUGUGUAACAGCGUGGCCCAGGGCAUUGUCUCCUUUGGAACCAAGAAUGGUACACCUCCAAGUGUCUAUACCAGAAUCUCGAGCUUUCUGUACUGGAUAAAAAACACAAUGAGAAUCUAUGAACUUCAGGGACCAGACUGAAGUGCCCCGGGAUGGAUGUGUCCAUCUUCUCUGGGG